CGAGGCUCAACAUGAAGAUCCUACUUUUUAGGUAACCCUAAUUGACUAUCGAUCUCUUUUUCUGUUGACUUUUUCCCAUCAGGAGUUGAUGUUGAAGUGAAUGUUCGACGAUUGAUUCAAGAUCUUUAUAUAUUCGACCAUCAACAGUGCUUAAUCGCGUUUCUACAUUCAUCGUAGACUAAAACACUAGAAAAUGUUGUCCUUAGUUGGCUUAGGGCUUGGCAGCCCCGAUGACGUGACAGUCCGUGGUCGUGAGGUGAUCCGUCGCGCCGACGUCCUAUAUCUUGACGCCUAUACAGCGAUUUGUCCUGGUUGCGAAGGAACCGGAGAAUAUGCGUGAGCUAUUCGGAAAGCCUAUCCGACUUGCCGAUCGUUCAUUGGUCGAGUCAGCUGCCGAGAUGUUGCGCUGUGUCGAGAAAGACGGACAGCGAGUCGCGUUUCUGGUUGUCGGUGACCCACUCUGUGCGACGACACAUACCGACCUUAUCUUAAGGUGCAGGGAGAAGAAGAUUCCAACCGAAGUCGUCCACAAUGCCAGCAUCAUGAACGCGGUCUCAUCCUGUGGUCUUCAGCUCUACAGAUUUGGGGAAACGGUACUUGAAAAUUAAGACAAACUUUUUGUUGGUAAGUCAUCAAUAUGAAACUCACUCGAACAACAGGUAUCCCUCCCCUUCUGUACUUGCAGAUUAAAACGAACUCUUCGUUGAUAAGCUAACUCGACGCAGUAUGAGUGUAUAUGUACUUCGAGUAGUACCAACAUUUUUCCAUUAACAUGGCAUUGCAUCAUCAAUAUGAUACUCCAACAAUUUGAUACUCCAAAAACAGUUUGCACCUCACUCCAACAACAGGUAUCCCUCCCCUUCUGGACCGCUCGAUGGAAGCCGGAGUCUUUCUUUGAUAAGAUCGAGGACAACCGCAAGCGAGGUUGCCAUACAUUGUGUCUCCUAGACAUCCAAGUAAAGGAACGAUCAGAGGAGAACAUGGUAAAAGGCCGUAUGGACAUCUUCGAGCCUCCACGCUAUAUGUCCAUUCCUCAGGCACUUUCGCAAUUGUCACAAAUAGUAGAUAGGAGACAAGAGGAAGUGGAAGCCGCAUCUUCUAAGGAAACCGAUGAACAAGUGACCACUAGUAAGGAUAAAGAGGAUCCACCCACUCCAAGUACGACAUCUACAACCUCGGAAGGAGAAGCAGAAGCAGAGAACGAAACUACAACUGCAACAUCAACCCAAAAGCAUUGGCUUCAGCAAGAAAAGAAUAUUGUUGGUAUCGCGCGCCUUGGUGCUAGUGAUGAAUGCAUUCGUUGCGGCACGGUGGAAGAACUAAUCAAUGCUGAAUUCGGUCCGCCUUUACACGCUUUAGUGAUUCCUGCUGACGACCUUCACGAGUGCGAACAGGAUUACAUUGAUUUUUACAGGGGACAAGUCGAGAAUUAGACUAGGGUCGCUAUCGAUCAUUCGAGCAACAUUGCAACCCGCUAAAUCCUUUUAUUCGACCAAUUACACCCAAAGUGAUUAAGCAUUCGUGCGAUAACAUUGUUGAUCCAAGCAAGUUAAGUACAUCCAAAAGGAU